AUGUUCAACCAGUCGCACAAUUCUUGCCUUCGCUGCCCCGGAAUCAAUCACUAUUUGUCUAGCCUUAAGCCGUCUCGGUCGGCCUCAUCAUUUUCAGAAGAUGACCAUUCCUCCACAUCCGCUGCCGAGGGUGUCUUGCGGUUAAUGCCCCUAGGGGGAUCAAUUACUCGCGGCGUUGGAUCGUCAGAUGGGGCAGGGUAUAGAGAAUCGCUGUUACAGAUGCUGAGGAUAUACGGCAUUAAUGCUCGGAUGGUGGGCUCGCGAAAAGAUGGACCCAUGCCCAAUAAUAACCACGAGGGCUGGCGUGGCUUCAGAAUUGACCAGAUCGAGGGAAAAGCUCGAAAAUCCGUAGAAUCUUUGUCCCCGAAUGUUUUCUUGGUUAACGCCGGCUCCAAUGACUGCCUUCAGACCUUCAAUAUCCCAGAGGCCGGUAACCGCCUGGGUGGUAUGCUCGAUUAUCUGUGGCUGGCUUCCCCUCAGUCCACCAUCCUCCUCUCUACUUUACUUGCCAAUGCGGACAAAGAGGUGAACUUGAAGGUGAUGCGCGUCAACGACCAAUUUCGCGCUCUGGCCCAACAGAAGGCGACUGAACAGAAAAAGAUCGUUCUGGUGGAAAUGGACACACCCGACGGACCGGACGUUCAGAGCUUUGUUGAUGGCAUACAUCCUGAUGACAAGGGCUACUACAAGAUGGCAAUAUUAUGGCUCCGUGGUAUACAGGAAGCCCUUCAAAAAGGGUUCAUUGAUGGUUCAAAAUACACGUUGUGA